AUGAAAAGAGAGGAAGAUGAAGAAAUCGCAGCGUGGCAAGACUACGUCGAAGAGGACGUCGUACAGCAGCUACAAAAAGUGGUUUCAACGACAGCUUUAGGAUCUCUACAGCAAGAGUUACAACGCGUUUGGCAUUAUCAAUACGUGGUGUCAUGGCUAUAUCUAGUGUGUGAUUCAUUCUUUACCAAGGAAGCAGGCAAGGCCAUGUGGUCAAUGAUCCAGUUCGACGAACUAAUGAUGCUACAGGACAUUACUAUGGCGUCGAGCGACGAAGAAAGCGUUUACGACAAAAUCCGAGAGCAAAUCUUGAGAACCAUCACUCAGAACAAAAACGCGCUUUUGAAAGAAUGGGACGUGGCUAUAAAAUAUCAUUUGGAACCUGUGGAAAGUCUGAGCUGGUACACACAGAGUUCUGCGCUUUUUGACGAUUUUUCGUUGCAAGAGCAGUUCGAAAUUAUUUACGCAUGUGUCAAACACAUCGAACGCCGAAGCGUUGGUUUCAGAAACUAUUUGAGUGCACACUUGUACUUGUUCCAGUAUGUGGAGCUCUCUCUGAGUGAUAGAAGCUCGCUAUUGGUGUUACCGGCCGCCAAAUUAGUGCAAAAAAGACUUGUGUACGCGGAGGGGAAUGAUUUGAAUGUUCCGAUCAAACUACGCAAUUGUACUGUGAGGUACGAAACUGAUGGAGAAGUCGAGGUAAGACAUCUUGAUUUUGGUGCCGACGUUGAUCACUAUUUGAAUCGGCUUAGUCCCGAAUUCUCGCUUCUCACAACGAAUUGGGAUGAGUUUAUCGAUUAUUUCGAAACCACAGAAGACGCUUAUAUCAAACAGUUUUUGGCCGGUUUUUUAGCCAUGAACGCUUCCAAUGAACUCAAUUCGCGUCGUUUGCUUCACAAUCGCGAGCGUGAGCGGUCAAUGGCAGAACUUUUGGUGCGACGCAAACGGUCUUCGCGUCUCGUUGCGCGCGAAGAGGAGUCGCAGCGACGUGUUAUAGAAAUGCAAUGGAUCGAAAAGCUGGAUGAACGCGAUCAGCUGCUGCGCGCACGGCAACGAUCUGCUGCAAAGCUUACUCGGGUAGUCAAGGACACAAUGUGGUCGCUUUUAUGGGACCGAUUCGAACAAGAUUUGAAAGUCGAAAAACUGCGGCGUAGGCAUGAAUUGCAUGAAACGCAGUCUGCGACGACACCAGAACCCACGCCGUCUCCAGGUCUUGGCGCUAACGGGUUUGCUACGAGUGCGAAUACGAACGCGGGCUCACCUGGAGGUAUCACGCAUAUCGACGCCGCGGUACUAGAAACGGGUCCCAAAUUCCAUGAGCCGCUCGUAAACGUGCCUGAGCCACUUCCAAUGGCGCUUGAGGCCACUUCUUUGGAGCUACCAGACCAUCUCUUGAUCACGAGCGCGGAUCUCGGUAACCUGGCGAACCACGGCAUCGAUGCGUCCAAUUAUGCACCGGACUCCUCGGACUGGCUCUUCCAAUGUCCUUGCAACGCGGUUGCGGGUAUUAAUCUUGAUAACGACGACAACGUUCGCGGUCGCGCCCUGGUGUGCUGCGACGUCUGUCUUCGCUGGCAACAUUUGGAGUGUCAGCUGUCUGCAUGGCUCGAACUGCAGGCAAAACCCGGAGCUGCAUUCAACGGCGGCGCAGAAAACUUGGCUACGGCCGAGCUCGGUACGUCCAGAAACUAUAGACGUUCUGCGCGUCGCCAGACUCCUGACGGGCCAGAACACGACACUCAGGACAGGCCCAUAUCCAAGAUGGCCGCCUCGGCCCACACGGACCCAUUCAUGUGCGCCUGGUGUCUCCAGGAACUCGAGCGUGAUAUGCGGAACGCAUUUGCGCCGGAACUCAAGUCACUGCGCGUCAAACAACAAAAACAGUACGAGGAACGCGAACGUCGUAAAAAACAGAAGGAACUGCAAAAACGCCUCACAUCGCAACAGCCGCAGCGGAUGCGACAGUCUCAACCGCAACCGAAACAACAACUGAAACCGUCUCUGAAGCGUCAGCCUGUCGCACGCGUACAUUCCUCGACCCAAGCUCCCCCACCGUCACCAUUCCAAUUGCCCUCGCAAAACCAUUUAUGA